CAAACACUUUACCUGAUAUAUUGCUUUACGAAUAGAUUUCAUGUCUUCUAAUAUCAUGCACAUAACCAUCGACUUAGUUCUGGGCGCGAAGGAAUCAACUUGUAUGUGCAUUGAGUUUUGAAUUGAAGUACAGUUUUCGAAUAUAAAGCUACGGUGAUGUCACUAGACCCAAAAUAUGCAGACUUACCUUGGAUUGCACAUGGACAACCAGAUGUCUACGAAGCAGGAGAACUCCCAGAGGCUGAUCAGAAGUUGAACGACUCUGUAGUGGACACAAUAACUCCGAAGGAGAUCGAGAUUGUCAAGUUGUCGGUGUCCGAAGCUCACAAGAGAUUUGCUGGUUGUAAAGUUGAUGCUUCUAAUGUGGACUUUUCAGACUGUAUAUCUGGCAACGGGAAGAUCGGGUAUGCAGUUGAAACAGAUCAAUAUGAAUUCUUUUCUCCUGACUCAAGGGACCAGGAAUCACUCAUGAAAAAAUUUCAACGUUUGCAAACUGAAACCCAUCAGCUAAUCAGUGAUAUAAAAGCUAUAUCUGAUCAAAGUGAUGCAGAUCCUAAAGAUCCUAUUGAUGCCUCUAAACUCCUAUCUUGUGCGGAAAACCUGUCUGAAAAAUUAUCAGAAAUUCAAUCCACUGAUUUGUCUGCAAUCUGUCUGGAUGCUUCCGAUUCUGUUGGGAGGACUUUACAUAGCAAAAUUUUAAAGCAGAUUGAUGAGUUUAAACCAGAAAAACCGGCGUCCAGAAGUGCAGAUAAUUCAAAUCAUCUGGUUUAUGAAAUAUAUGAUCGCAAAAGCAUUACCAAGCAGGCAGAUGAAGAGAAAAUGGCAGAUAUUGAUCGUCGAAUUCAUCGUAUCGAAGCUCUCAUUGGUCAGCCAGAUCCUAAUAGGCUUUCUGCCUUGACGGCAGACACAAUGACUCACGGUCUUUUGGAAGCAUGCUCACGUUUGUCUGCUCGUUCAUCUUUGUUCCAACAAGGACAUCUUGACAUGAUUGAAACGCGCUUAACAUCAUUACAGGCGAAGUUACAGGCUGUUACAGAAAAGCGAGAGGCUAUCGCAGACUAUGACAUGCAAAAUAAAAUAGCAGAACUUUAUGAACUUGUAAAGAAGUGGAAUGAUGUGGCCGAUAGUUUGCCGAUGAUAGUGGAGCGACUUAGCACCUUGAAAUCAUUACAUGAAGAGGCUUCCCAAUUCAGUCAAUCUCUCUACACCAUUGAAUCAAGCCAGAAAAAUGUAGAAGGAAACCUGGCUUCUUAUGCCAAACUUUUAGAAGAGGUGAGUUUCGCUAUGUUGCCUUAACCUCAUUUUAGGUGCAAAUCAACGUUGUUAAGAACAUGGAAGUCAUAAAGGAGAAUUUCUCAACAAUAGAAUCACAUUUCGCACAAGAUUCUAAAUAACUCCUUCAAGGGACAUAGUGGUGCUUAUCAAUAAUUGUUGGGGUUGCAGUUGUUUUUUGAGACUAAUUUUUCCUCCACUUUUGACUUUCAUGUUAUCUACUGGUUAAUGGCCUCUUUUUUCAUAAAAUGAAAAUUUAUUCAGAUACUCGCUGUUUUGUCUGUGAAACGGGACAACUUUGGGAGGCUUCGCUCCUCAGUAUGUCAUGUCGCUCGAAUAUAUUCAGCAACUGCCUAUGAACUACAAGGAUGGUGGUGUGAUACCCACAUUCUGUGUUGCUGUCUUCAUAUUAAGGGUAUCAACCAGCAAAGUUUUGUUUUACGAGAUCCAGCAAUUUCUGUUGAAGAUUAUUCAGCUGUAAUUCCAUUUUCGAUUGCCUUCCCAUUAACUCCUCAAAGUUCAAACCUAAAUCCACCUUUGAGGCUAUCCAACAACGAGAAGUCAGUCGGUCAGCAUUAACAUGGGGCCUGGAAUUUCUGCAUAAAACAGUCCAACUUCACACACAUAUUAGCAAUCAAGGCAGGUGGCACCAAGAUGAAAGACAGAGGAAUAGAGAAGAAAGCAGUCCGAUUGGUAAAACGUCGUGAAAAGAGAAUAAGAUGGGAUGGAGCAGUGGUGAAAUGCGGCACGACAAUCAGGAUGAAGACAAUGUACGUGUGGAUACGUCUGCACCAGUGACGUCGAUUGUGAACCAUGCAAUCCAGUCUGUAACCACCGAUUCCCGUUGUCACAUGGAUCCCAGUCGGUAGUUCCGAAUUUCCGUGGCAACUCACACCGAUAGGCAGAGACUUCAUGGAUUGAUUCCUUGGUUUAGUUUGGCUGUUUCUGAUUCUUUUCAUCUUAAUCCUAUUUCUACCAACAGCACGAGGGUGUAGAUGCUAACUAAAGUCGCGUAACACAUCCCAACCAUCUUGGUUGAUGAGAGUUCACAGCCUUAUCAACUGACUUCCGUCUCCUCUCUAAAACUCUACGCCUGACUUCUAUGGUACUGACACGGUAAUCCACGAGACGACCUAUGCCACAAAGGCAAUGGUGGUCGAACUCCUGAAGUCGUCUCGUUCCUUCUACUUUUAAUGGUCAUUUUCAAGUAGAACAGAGUGAACUGCAGUGGAGUAUAGUCAACCCUUAAUGAGCAAUCAAGCAUCACGGCGGCGUCAUAGAUAGUGUUACUUUGCGAAAGUCAAACGAGCAUUUUGUACUUGUCGUCAGUUACUGACCAAACUAUGCUGACGCGAUUUUGCACGUGAGCGGUCUACGUACUCAACCACUUCACUCCUUGGUGGUAAACAGUUCACCAAUGAUGACAUAUCCUGGAGUAUGAAUCCGCUGCUGUGUUGAACAAUGCAACUAGAUCACUCCUAUCUGAUACCUCACCAUAAGCUUUUCCAUUUUGACGGGUGUUCGGAUGCAGAGCCUUCAUCGCCAUAGCAGUGCGAUGUACUCACUUGGUACCUGUUGUACCAGUGAGGUACACUGCUAGUUUACUCUGAUCGACAGAGACAGAUGCCGCCUUCAGGACACGAAACGCAGGUAGUAUUGGAAGCCGGUAAUAUGUCGGUACUCCAAAACCUGGCGGAAGGUAAAGAUCUAGUCGACACACCCACAACCAGGUCCAAAACCUUUCUGAUUUUCCUGGAUUUGUUGUUCCAGAUGAUCAAUCAGACGUCUAGUAAUUGUACAACCUAGGAGCUUAAACAAUAUGUUUAUUAGACUGAUUCCCCUGUAGUUAUCA